CUAUUGUUCACUUUAUUGUUAAUCUUCAUAUCCUGGAGAGUGUAUGGAAAGAGAAUUUCCGAGCGGUUUAUGAAGCCUGAUUUUCGUGUUUCACAGCUACAUCUGCUACAAUUGAACAACUAAAAGAGAGCGUUUCCAAACUCAAACUGCCCAAAGAACACAGUCCACGCAUUUAGAGCAAAAUGGCGGAUAAAAUUAAAAAGUUCUUCCAAAAGAAAAAAGUUGAUGCCAAAUUCAAAAUGGCCGGCCCUGGCCACAAGCUUAGUGAAUCGACGAUGAGCAGCCAGAGUUCGAAUUCUAUGAGGCGUGAAGCAGAAGUUAUAAAACGCUCUGGAUUGUCGGAGGAAAGCAAGGUUGCCGCUGACGCUGCUCUGGCCAGAUUGCAGCAGAAAAGAGAUAAUCCAUCGUUCAAUACUUCGUUGGCUGCCAUUCAGGCCCAAGUCAGAAAAGAAUUGGAGAACGAACGCGCUUCGUCUUCAACGCCAACGCAGAGUGGAGAAUUGAAGGAGAAAGUAGAGAAAAAAGAGUCUGAUCUGGAUCUGCCCAGGAAUUAUGCCGCUGCCGGAGUUUACUUCAAGUGUCCAAUAAUAAGCAAUGACAUACUGCCCCGGGACGAGUGGAAGGCAAACAUCAAGACCUUCCUGUACGAACAGUUGGAGGAAGAGAGAGGGUUGACAGCCUGUCUCAUCAUACAAUCUUGUAAUAGUAAUAGGGAAAAGGUUGACACAUGUGUUGAAACAUUGUGCAAGUAUCUAGAGAACAUAGUCACGCACCCAGAUGAGGAAAAGUAUCAAAAAAUUAGAAUGUCUAACAGAGCCUUCAACGAAAGAGUUCAGCCGAUGGAAGGUGCCAUGGAGUUGUUAUUCGCAGCUGGGUUCAGGCAAACCAAGCUGGCCAGCCCCGAUGGGACGGAGGAAGACUAUCUGGUGUUCGGCAGGGAGCAUGUGGAGUCUGUUGAGAGUUUGGUGACAUUAAUAGACGCUCUGCGCUCCGCGGAACCGAUCCAAUUAGAGCUGGACCGCAACCUACAAGUACUUCUGCCCUCGCAAGCCGCGGCCAAGGUCCAGCUGCCGGCCUCGUUCUAUGCUCUAUCACCAGAGGAGAUCAAGAGGGAACACCAGCUCAGGACCGAAGCGAUAGAGCGCAGCCAGAUGCUUCGCACCAAGGCCAUGCGGGAGAAAGAUGAGAUGCGAGAGAUGAGGAAAUACAAAUUCGCCAUCAUCCGGGUUCGGUUCCCCGACGGGAUCUUGCUACAGGGAACGUUCGGCGUAUACGAGCGGUACAACGAGAUUCACGAGUUUGUCCAAGAGAAUUUGGAACACAACGGAUUGCCUUUCGUCCUCAACACACCCACAGGACACAAACUACUACUCGAAGAAGACGCGAAUAAGACCCUUAUUGACCUGAGAUUAGUACCAGCCACAGUGCUCACAUUCGCUUGGCACUCGUCGGUGUUUGAAGAAAUCAAUAAUAGCCCGAAUAAGGACGUGUUUUUGAAGCCUGAAGUCAUGGUGUUAGUUCAAGAGGUCUAGUUGAGGGUAUGUUUUAAAGGAGUAUUCACAUCAAUCUGAUACAGAUGUGAAUGUACCCUUAUUUGUCUGAUUUUAACUUAUUUUCGAAUAGUUGCUUGCGUUCUUACACGAUCAGUGCAUUAAUUGACCGCACUGAAAUAAUCAA